AUGGCAACUAAGAAGUAUGUUUGUGCAUUCUGUGCGAGAGCUUUUACAAGAUCAGAACAUAAGCAACGUCAUGAAAGGUCACAUACAAAUGAAAAACCUUUCCAAUGUUUACACUGUACAUCAGCUUUCGUUAGAAGAGAUUUAUUACAAAGACACUGUAGAACAGUGCAUAACAUUACAUUGAAUAGUAGUAAUUUCAAAGUUAAGAAAGUUGAUGUUAGUGAUUUAACUGAUGGUGAAGGGGUUUCCCAAGAUAUUAAAGUUAAUGUUUCAAAAGAAGAAAUACCUUCAAAAACUGUUGAUGAUGAUAUGAUUUAUGAUAAGAAAGAUUUUAAAGACAAUCUUAUCAAUUUACUUUCAAUAUCUAAGAAACUUUAUAAUGUACUUAUUGAAAUUGAUCAAGAUUUUAAGAAAUUUAGAGAAGACGAUAUCAAUAACAAUUUUUUGGUAGGAUUUAUUGAACUAUCAAACUUAGAUGAAUUUCCUAUUAUUGAUGAUAUCUUAAAGAAUUUAGUUAUUUAUUUGAAUUCUAAUAAUGAUGAUUUGAAUAAUUAUAAGUUAGUAUUGAUUUAUGUUAUAUUAUCGAUUGGUUUUUUCAAGAAUAAUGAUAUUAAUAAUUCUAUUGAUUUGUUUAAUAAAGCAUGGAAUUUAUUGAUCUUAAAAUUGAUCCCUAUUAAUUCAAAUUCAACCGAUUCUAUUAAUUUGAAUUCAAAUAUCAUCAACCAAUUAGAAAUUUUAACCAAUCUUUUUAUCAUAAAUCAUGUUUAUUUGAAUUAUAACUUUGAACAUUUCAAAACCAUUAAGAAUUUGAAUCUGGAUUUGAUUUUCAAUUACUUGAAUGAUAUUUCUUAUAUAAUCUUAAACAAUUUGAAUAACGAAAACAACUUCGAUCUUAAAUUGAUAUUCAAUAAUAAUUUAAAGUUAUUUUGGUCAGUGUAUAUCCUUUUACUGAAUUAUUAUAUUAAUAAAUUACCUCCAAAGAUUUAUCCUUUGAUGAUAAAUAAUUUAUUGGCCAAUAAUAAUAGUUUGAAAAAGACCCUUUUGAAUUUUUCAAAAUCUAUUUUGAUCAUAAAUUCUGAUUUUAUUAAGAAGAUCUUGAUAAUUUCAUUGAUUAAUGAAAUUAAUUAUUUCAAGAAUUUCAAUAAAUUAUUGAUUUUUGAUCUGAAGAAUUAUCUCCAUAAUGCAAUUAUUCUUAUUAACAAAUCGUUUAUUAAGUCAUCAUUCCUGGAAAUGAAUGACGGUGAACCUUUGCAAGAAAAUGAAAUAUUCAAGAUAUUUAAAAAGAAGCUUACUAUCAAUUGUCCAGUGAAAUUUAAUGAUUUAUUGAAUUAUUAUAUCUUUUUACCUUACAGGAAGUUUCAAUGGGAUUUGUUGAAUAUUUCAUUGAAAGAAUUUAAUUUGAUAUUUAGUAAUUUCAAUUUCCAUUUAUUCAUUAAUAAUAACUUAUCAAUUGAUCAUAUUAACUUCAAAAGCAAUUUGAUCAAUUUCCAUGAUUUAAGAAUAAAUUUAAAUGACAUUAAUAACAAUUUAGGUAUAAUAAGUUUCCCAUUAAUCUUCCUUAGUAAGUUUUUGAAUAAGAACUUUAAGUUCUUAGAUAUCGAAACAUUUUCGAAUUUUGAAAAAAUUAAUAUUUAUUAUCUUUUGAUUGAAUGGUUCUUGACCAUUCAUAAAAUCCUUAUAAAUCUAUUUAAUGAUAAAACUUUCGAUUUCAAUGACAAUUAUAUUUUACAAUGUAUUUUGUACCUUUUAAAUAAUGAAAAUAAUGAUUUCAAGAUUAAUAAUAAUUAUUGGAACUUUGAAAUUUUGAAUAAUUUGAAUGAAGUUUUGAAUAGUUGGUUACAAUUUUUGAAAUUAAAUGAAUUCAAUGAGUUCAAUAAUAACCUUUUAUUCUUUGUGAAGAACUUGAAUAAUAAUUUAAUUGAUCAAAAUGAUUAUCAAAAGAAAUUAUCUGUGAGUUCUAAUUCUUCUAACAAUUCAUUGCCUAUACCCAAUUAUCAAUAUUUACCCAUGUAUAAUCAACAUUCACCUAACUUCAAUUCCCCCACUUAUAUCAAUUCAAUUCCUCCAAUAAAUUUAAAUCCCGUGAGUUUAGGUAAAAAAGAUGUGGUUUUACCUCCAAUUCUUUCUCCAGUAAAUAAGAUUCAAUGA